GAUGGGAUUUUACCAAGGGGGAUUUCCUUGAAGCAGGAGGACUGAAGAGUACGACCGCUCCCCGAGGCCAGCCAGGAAAGGACGGAGCAGUGGAUGAUCAGCCAAAGCUUCCUACAGCUGCAUCCACCAGCACUAAGGUGCUGAAGGCUAAGAGCGGUGUCCUGAAAAAGACCUCAUGUUUUGCUUGCAUUAAUUUAAUGUUAUUUGGACUUUUGAAUCAAUCCUUCCCUCACCUUCCCAGCCACUUACAGAAGAAGAGACCUCCUAACCCCUCAGCAGGAUGAACAAGACCAAGGGAGCUUUUGAUAGCCCAAAACUUUGGAGCCCAGGCUGCACACAGAGCAGCACCUCCCUGACCAGUCUGGCACCACCCUUUGCAUUUGGCCAGCAGGCUAUGGACACAGCCCUGAACAUAAUCCUUAUUGUGGUCCUCCUGGUCAUCAUGGUGUCUCUGGGAUGUACAAUAGAGAUAGCCAAGAUCACAACUCACCUCAGGAGACCUAAAGGUGUGGCAAUAGCCGUGUUGAUUCAGUACAGCAUCAUGCCCUUAACAGCAUUCAUACUGGGCAAGCUCUUCCAGCUGGGCACCUCAGAAUCCCUGGCCAUCCUCAUCUGUGGCUGCUGCCCAGGGGGAAACCUCUCCAACAUCUUUAGCCUGGCACUGAGAGGGGACAGGAACCUCAGUGAUGUUGGGGAGAUCUCAGUGACAAGUUGGGGAAAAGCAAGUGUUGUAAUGACUGCAUGCUCCAUGGUCCUGGCCAUUGGAUUAAUGCCACUGCUUCUCUACCUUUACUCGGGAGGACUAUAUGAGGAUGAUUUGGAGGGCAAGGUACCUUACAAAGGAAUUAUCACCUCCCUGGUGCUGAUGCUAAUCCCCUGUGCCAUCGGCAUCAUCUUGAAUGAGAAGAAACCACAGUACACUGGCCUUAUCACCAAGGCAGGGAUGGUUAUGCUUCUAUUGUCAUCUGCUGCAAUAAUUGUUCUGUCUGUGGCCAAUAUGGGAAGCUGUAUCAUGGUUGUCUUCUCACCAUCUCUCCUGGGGACUUCUGCCUUAAUGCCCCUUACUGGAUUCCUGCUGGGCUACGCUGUCUCUGCAGCCUUCAAGCUUGAUGAUCGGUGCAGGCGGACAGUGUGCAUGGAAACUGGCUGCCAGAAUGUACAGCUUUGCUCAGCUAUCCUCAAGGUCACCUUCACCCCAGAGAUCAUUGGCCCCCUGUACUUCUUCCCAUUACUCUACUUGCUGUUCCAGCUUGGAGAAGGAUUUCUGAUCAUCUUGGUCUUUCGGAUUCAUGAUAGAAAAAAGAAAGCCAAUGAUGCAGCAAAAAUUAUCUCUGCAAGUGUGGACACAUUUAGCGCUGAAGAAAUGAAAUCAGUGUCAAGACAUUGCAGAAACAGUGGAAAACCAGGAAAGCAAUAUAUGGAUUCUGCAGCAGUUGCUCUCACAACCCUCCAAACCCUCCAAGCUCUACCUUCUGCAGCCAGCUCAUAGGUCUCCAGCUGUUCUGUCAAACUUACCUAUACACUCACUUCGGCAGCCACAGAGCCAUCUGCACCCACACUUACUCCUGCAAAGACCUCGCUCCAGACUAAGCCUUGCUCUGUCAGCCCAGAAAGGAGGAGACCUUCAGAGACUUCAAAGUCAUUGUGACAACCCUUUGGGACAGCUGAAAAACAUGCCAAGUGACUGUCCCAGUUUUACCUGUAAGAAAAUCAUUGCCUACAUCAGUUCCCUUUCUUAAUUUCACUUACCUUAACUGUCCUGCUGGAACAUAAUAGAAGCAGAUCCUGACAAUAUCACUGCAGGUUAAUGUAAUUUCUCUAACAGACCCAGAAUGAGCUGUGAAAGUUUCUCCACUGGCAGAAGCCCGUGAGAUUGAAUUCACAGGCAAGGAGCCCACGGGCUGUUAGUUUCUCCCAUGCUCCAGCAGGUACUGUGUGGUACCACUGAUCCCCCACAGCAGAGGCCACACAAACCAGGAUCAUGGCUACACAAACUGCCUUUGUAUGCUGAGUUUGGGCCCAGCAAGCUGUACCUCCAAUAUCAGAUGAAUCUUAAAUGUGCCUUCUUUUGUAGCCGUCAGUGAACUCAACACCACACCUGUUCUAGACACCACCUAGGUAUGGUCACAGAACAGAGUACCAGGAAAGAUUGGCAUCUACAUCUCUAAUGUCCAGACUACGCCUUGUAACCCAAAGUAGUUCAUCUUAAUUAGGAAUAAACUGGUUUGUACCAAGAACCUA